GAGCAGCGUGGGGACGGCACACAGUACAGAGUUUAUAAGAGGAGGUUCUUUGGGUUGGCGCAGUUUAUAUUGUUGAACAUCAUAAUUAGUUGGGAUGUAAGUUGGCCCACGUCUUGCGACACAUAAUUUGCGGGACGCACUCUAUGGAUGCGCUCCAGAUGAGGUAAUCUCAGAGGUAUCGAUAGGGAAGCGGUCUAAAAGAAUCUCCCCUGUGGGUAAGGACGAAAGGCUAACUGAUCGAUUGCACAGUGGCUCAGCUUUGCUGCCAUCUCCAAGACCUCAUCGGAAUACUUUGACGUCACCGAGAAUACGAUCAACUGGCUCAGCACCGCAUUCCUAUUCGCCUUCGUGGUCAUGACACCGGUGGUCGUAUUAGCGCUCCAUCGCGGCCCUAAGGAUUCCCUCAUGGUCGCCAGCGUUCUCACGCUGCUCGGGAACUGGAUCCGGUACGCGGGAGCCAAAGCGAACGGGGGAACCUUUGGGGCCGUCAUGUUCGGGCAGAUCUUGGUGGGGUUCGCGCAGCCGUUUGUGCUGGCAGCGCCGACGCGGUAUAGCGAUCUGUGGUUUAGCGAUAAAGGGAGGGUGAGCGCGACUGCGGUCGCCACGUUGGCGAAUCCGUUCGGUGGUGCGAUUGGACAGUUGAUCAGUCCUUUGUGGGCGGAGAAGCCAGAGGAUGUACCGAACAUGGUUCUGUACGUAGCUGUCAUAUCCUCUGUCAUCUGCAUCCCCUCCUUUUUCAUCCCCGCCACCCCUCCAACCCCCCCUUCCGCCUCUUCCGCCCUCCCCAAGCCCUCCAUCCGCAAAUCCCUCGUCGAGCUCCGCUCCAACACAUCCUUCUACCUACUCUUCACCGCCUUCACCAUCUACCUCUCCUUCUUCAACGCCCUCUCCUCCCUCCUCAACCAGAUCCUCUAUCCCUACGCCUACACCGAAGAGCAAGCCGGCCUCUGCGGCGCUGUCCUCAUCAUUGUCGGCCUUGUCGCCGCCGCCGCCACCUCCCCCAUCAUCGACCGCACCCACACCUUCCUCCUUCCCAUCAAGAUCCUCGUCCCCAUCAUCGCCUCCAGCUACCUCGCCUUCACCUGGAUGCCGCAAACCCGCGCCAUCUCCGGCCCGUACGUCGUCGCCGCGCUGCUCGGCGGCUCGUCGUUCACCCUCGUCCCCAUCGUGCUAGAGUACCUCGUUGAGAUCACCUGGCCCGCGAGCCCCGAGGUGAGCAGCACGAUCUGCUGGGCCGGGGGCCAGCUGUUCGGGGGGAUCUUCAUCAUCAUCAUGGGGGCGUUGAAGGACUUGGAUGGUACGCCGGGGGAUACGGCGGAGAGGGGGGACCGGCCGCCGGGGAAUAUGUACAAUGCGUUGGUUUUCCAGACUGUGCUCACGUGCGUGAUCAUGCCGGUUCCAUUGCUCUUGGGAGUGCGCAGUUUGGGUUUGGAUAAAGGGAGAGUAAGUAGAAGGUACUCGGUGGAUGAGCCAAGGGGGACAUGAUGGGAUGGAUGGAAUCUGUAGUCUUAUCCUGUGGUCUUCUUGUCAUAUCUAUGAAUAUUCGACCGAAGGAGUAAUAUAUGAGAACCUUCCC